AUCAAUAACACGCUCUUAUUAUCGCAAUUCUGUGGGUGGCUUACUGGUGUUUGACAUCACAAAUCGACGAUCUUUUGAACAUGUGAAAGACUGGCUAGAAGAAGCAAAAAUGCAUGUGCAGCCCUUUCAGAUUGUGUUCCUGUUAGUAGGACAUAAAUGUGACUUAGUGUCACAGCGUGAGGUUACAAGAGAAGAAGCUGAAAAACUGUCAUCGGACUGUGGUAUGAAAUAUAUAGAAACUUCAGCAAAAGAUGCCACGAAUGUUGAAGAGUCCUUUACAAUUCUUACACGAGACAUCUAUGAACUUGUAAAAAAAGGAGAAAUCUCAAUACAAGAUGGAUGGGAAGGUGUCAAAAGCGGCUUUGUUCCAAAUGUUGUACAUUCAUCAGAAGAAGCUGUGAAGCCCAGAAGACAGUGCAUCUGCUGAAUUUCUAGCAUGCCAAAGAGCACAUCGGGUGUUCAGAAGAUGAUGCCAACUAAAUAACAGAAUAAUAAUUUUGAAACAAUAUUAGAUCACGACAUAGCUGAACAGCUGAAAUGGUAAUUUGGUUUUGUAUCCUUCUGUCUAGGUCAUAACUUCAUAAAACUUUAAGUGCUGUUUUUCUUCUCCAAGUACAAUAACUUUGUGUGGUCUUCAGGAAAAGAAAUUACAUAUUGCUAAAGGAAAAACUAAUCCUAUAGCAAGACAUUCAGAAAGCGCAAUAAUCAUCGUGACAACAUCCUCUCUUGGGCUUUGUAUUUUGAAUACUGUUUAAAAUCAAGGCUGGCUAGGUGAGGAUCAGAUGAGCUCAUUCCUUUUGUUCAUCCUGCCUUAGUUUUGGAUGAGAAAAUAUUAUACCUUAUACUUUUUUAAUGUGAUUCUUUACUCAAGUGCAGGGUUGCUAAUGACCAUUAAAGUUUAGAAUGCUGUAGAAUUUAAUAAUAAAGAUAACUCUAAAAGAAAGCAA